AUGGGACGCAUCCUGCUCCUCUGCGCAUUCCUACUCGUCCUGCUCAGCGUGGCCAGCCUCAUGGAGGUCACGGAAGGGAGGGGGCGAGGCGGCUCACGCGGCGGAAGCAGCGGCAGCCCGCGUAGCCUCAGCGGUGGCACCUGGGUGGCGUGCGUUGGCUCGUCGCUGCUGGGUGCUGGCCGCCGCGGCCAUGCUCCUGUAGGCCCGAGCUGCGUGACUCAGCUAGGCGGUGAUAUACGGCUGGCCUGGACAUCUUUGUACGUACUUUGA